GUGGGAAUGCUAAGACAGACAGGCAGUUUAUUUUUGGGUCAGUGACAGUGUGUCAAUGGCUGCAGAUGCGUCGCAAAGGAAGGCUCUGAGAUACCAGCAGACCGUGCUGUAUGGGGAGUACAGAGAGCACCCUGGUGGGUCCCAGCGGAGAGAGGCCACUCGCCUUCUGAUGGAGAGACAGCGAAAAAAGCAUGGACAUCACCACCAUGGACAUUACCACCAUCAUGGACACCACCAUCACGGUCACCAUGGGCGGAGUCUCAGCCGAAGCCGUCAUCACAGCCACCAUCACCUGGAGAUAGGGAGCGUUCAUGACAGACAGGAGGAGGAGCAGGCCCACACCUCCUCAUUCAAGAAACGCCGCUCCUACUCCAAGUGCAGAGACUGCGUGGCUCGAGUACAGAAGUUCCUCGUUUCUAAAUUGGGAGAAGACUGGAUCUUUCUGGUGUUGUUGGGUAUUACCAUGGCAUUAGUUAGCUGGACCAUGGAUUAUGCUAGUGCCAAGAGUCUACAAGCCUAUAAGUGGUUUUAUGGGGAGUUGAGGGGAAACAUCCCACUGCAGUACCUGGUCUGGGUUUUCUAUCCCAUGGUGCUCAUCUUGUUUGCCUCCCUCUUCUGUCACCUGGUCGCUCCUCAGGCCAUUGGCUCUGGUAUUCCAGAGCUGAAAACCAUACUCCGAGGUGUUGUGCUGAAGGAGUAUUUGACACUCAAGGCAUUUAUUGCGAAGGUGGUGGGACUCACUGCUGGCCUGGGCAGUGGUUUGCCAGUUGGCAAAGAGGGUCCUUUUGUUCACAUCGCCAGUAUCUGUGCAGCUGUGCUCAGCAAGUUUAUGUCUUUCUUCUCUGGAGUCUAUCAGAGCCCAUAUUGUUAUACAGACAUCCUCACAGUGGGUUGUGCCGUAGGGGUUGGAUGCUGUUUUGGAACCCCUCUUGGAGGUGUUUUGUUUAGCAUUGAAGUUACAUCAACAUAUUUUGCUGUGAGAAACUACUGGAGGGGCUACUUUGCUGCCACAUUCAGUGCUUUUAUUUUCAGAGUGCUGUCUGUGUUCAAUAAGGAUGCAGUCACCAUCACUGCUCUCUUCCGCACCAACUUCCGCAUGGAUUUUCCUUUUGAUCUGCAGGAGCUCCCGGCGUUCGCCAUUAUUGGGAUUUCUUGUGGGUUUCUGGGAGCUUUCUUUGUUUACCUGAACCGUCAAGUUGUCCUGUUCAUGAGAAGACCUAACAUUCUCACACGAUUCCUAACAAAACACCGGCUGAUUUUCCCUGCUGUUGUGACAUUAGUGAUUACGACGCUGACAUUUCCUCCAGGCUUUGGGCAGUUCAUGGCUGGAGAGCUGAUGCCCAGGGAGUGUAUUAAUUCUCUGUUUGAUAACUUCACCUGGACUAAAAUAUGGGGUUCCUCUCUCCCGCCUGGUCUCGGUCGCUCUGCUGUGUGGUUUCACCCUGACGUCAGCAUCUUUGUCAUUCUUAUUCUCUUCUUUACCAUGAAGUUCUGGAUGUCUGCAGUUUCCACCACGAUGCCCAUCCCGUCUGGAGCUUUCAUGCCUGUCUUUGUAUUGGGUGCUGCAUUUGGUCGUUUAGUGGGUGAGAUCAUGGCAACUCUCUUUCCUCACGGUAUCCUGUUUGAUGGAAUACUGUACCGCAUUAUCCCUGGAGGGUACGCUGUCAUUGGUGCGGCGGCGCUGACGGGAGCCGUCACUCACACCGUUUCCACAGCAGUGAUCUGCUUCGAGCUGACCGGUCAGAUCUCUCACAUCCUUCCCAUGAUGGUCGCCGUCAUACUGGCCAACAUGGUUGCUCAAGGUUUGCAACCGUCACUGUACGACUCCAUCAUCCAGGUCAAGAAGCUGCCCUAUCUCCCCGAACUGGGCUUCGGCCACAUAAGCCAGUAUAACAUCUUUGUGGAGGACAUCAUGGUGAGGAAAGUGAAGUUUUUAUGUUCCCAGUCUACAUACAGAGAAGUACUGCAUUUGUUGGAAUCGACAUCUCUAAAAACCUUCCCGCUGGUUGACUCAAAAGAAUCUAUGAUUCUAUUGGGCAGCAUUGAGAGGUCUGAGCUUCUCGCCCUCUGUGAUUGGUGGGUGUCAGCAGAGAGGCGGAUCCUAAUGCAAGGACAAAGCUCGCAAGGUCAGGUGCCUUGUGCCAAAAUCAGCUGGGAAUCGUUUGCCUUUGUUGAUGAGGAAGAAGAGGAGAAUGAAGAUGAUAAGACGAUACCAGUUCAAGAGGAAAGAAACGGCCCUCUACCUCCACCCAAACCCUCAGAACCAUCCACCAAUCACACGUCUCCUGAUAAGGGUCCUUCCCAGUCUUUUGGGAGAAUUUUACGUAACUUCUUUUCAUCCUCUUCAGAAAGACACACAGAAGGUCAGCCACAGGAGCCUUAUCCUCCACCUUUAACUGACACAAUGACACCAGAACAGAUCAAAGCCUGGGAAGAAAAAGAGAUGGACAAACCUCUGGAUAUCGAUCAGAUCAGAAUAGAUCCAUCCCCCUUUCAGCUGGUGGAGAGAACGUCACUUCAUAAGACUCAUACCCUGUUCUCUUUACUGGGCCUCAGUCAUGCCUAUGUAACCAAUACUGGAAAACUGGUGGGAGUUGUGGCGCUGAAAGAGCUCCAAAAAGCCAUUGAGGGCUCAACGCGCAGUGGCGUGCGCUUGCGCCCCCCUCUGGCCAGUUUUCGUGACACCAGUCGUAAAGCUGCGAAGCCCCCUCAGGCUUCUUCCCCUCCAUCCUCGCCCGUCUCCACCACUGCUCCUUCCUCGCCUCUGUCCUCACCCGUGGUCCCUCACGCCCAUUCCCCUGGCCCAGCGGCCCCGGUGAAGGAAGGGAAGGAGGAGAUGGAGGUGUGGAUUGAGGGCGUGAAACGGGAGGUGAUUGUGGGGAACAGCAGUAGCACAACUACAGUGAGCAGCAGGAGCAGGAGCAGCAGUAGCGGGACAGAAAGUAGUGACAGUGAGGCAAGAAGUGCCGAUAGCAGCCCAACCCUGCCGCCAUCCUCCUCUCCACCCCCCAUCCCUCUCUCCACCCUACAGCCCGUCCCCGAAAACAAAGAGGGUGAAGAAAACGAGGACGAGGAGCCCCUUUAGAUCAAGUAAAGUUUUUCUUGUAUUUGCGGUGUGAUUCCGUGUACGUUUGUCCGCUUUUAUUUUUAUAUAACAAUUUCAUGUUUUUUAUUCAUUGCUCGUUUAAAAGGUUUUAAAACAUCUGUUCCUUUGCCCCACUCAGUUUGUGUUCAUCCUCUCUCUUUUCUAUUUCUUCUUCCCCUCUCUCCUUUUUAUUCUCUUUUUGUAAGUAAUUGUCCUUUCCUUUUUUCUU